AUGAAUAAGAUGUUGGCGACAUUUGUUGCCAUGGCAGUCAUCAAUUGUGCUGUCCAUGGUUUGCCGUAUGGCGGAGGAAGCAACAAAUAUGGUGGCUAUGGAAGUGGUGGUGGCGGCGGAGGAGGCGGUGGUUUUGGUGGUGGUGGAGGAGGUGGAAGUGGUGGCUUCGGGCCAAGUGGUGGUGUUGGACACAGUGGUGGAUUUGGUCCGGGCUCAGGUGAUGGACAUGGUAGCGGUCUAGGUGGAGGCAAGGGUAGUGGUGGCGGCGGAGGCUUUGGUUCAGGCUCUGGUUCGGGUUUAGGUGGCGGUAGUGGAGGAUUUGGUCCGGGCGGAGGACAUGGCGGACCUGGUAGUGGUAAUGGUCUAGGCGGUGGUCAUGGUGGCGGAAGCGGUGGAGGCUUUGGUUCUGGAUCUGGUUUAGGUGGUGGCAGUGGAGGAGGUGGCUUUGGACCCGGUGGCGGUAGUGGAGGUUAUGGUGGUGGUCUCAGUGGAGGAAGCGGUAGUGGUGGAGGUCGUGGUAGCGGAGGUGGUAGUGGAUUUGGAUCAGGCACUGGUUUUGGAAGUGGCAGUGAUAGUCACAGCAGUUUUGCGAGCAGCAGUGCUGGUUUGGGUGGUGGCCCAGGAUCUAGUGGACAUGGUAACGGCCUCGGCGGAGGUUCAGGUCUUGGCGGUGGUCAUGGUGGCGGCUCUGGUUCCGGCCUGGGUGGCGGUCAUGGUCUUGGUGGUGGUCGUGGUGGAGGCUCUGGUUCAGGCCUGGGCGGUGGUUCCGGUCUUGGUGGCGGUCAUGGCGGUGGUUCCGGCCUGGGUGGCGGUCAUGGUCUUGGUGGAGGUUCUGGUUCUGGUUUUGGAAGUGGUGGCGGUGGUGGUUUCGGUGGUGGCAGUGGAGGCGGCGGUGGUUACGGUGGUGGCGGCGGCGGUGGUUAUGGAGGUGGUGGUUACAAAAAACAUGGCUACUAA